UCAAACUCCAAAGCGCAUUUCGCAGUAUAGCAGGCUAGCAGCUGCAUCUCCUUCCUCGUCUUAAAACCCUCCAACAAAAGCAGCAUCUUCUAAUUGCAGUUGUAUCUCUGGUCGGCGCCGCCUCUGCAAACCACCUCUCCUUCUCCGCUGCUGCUAUUCUCGCAGGUAGAAUUCUAGUUCAAUUUUGUAAGUACCAAAGUUGUCGAAGUUGAUAUGGGAGAGAAAUCUACGCUUGAAAACCCAACCCCGGUUGUUCUUACUGGAACAGCUCGAGAAGGAACAGCUGGACCUGCUAUUGGCCAUGUUGACAUUGGAAUAAGUGAUUCAGCUUACUUGUUUCGAGUUGCACUUCCUGGUGUUAGGAAGGACCAAUGUGAGUUAAGCUGUGAGAUAGAACAUGAUGGGAAGGUUCAUCUGCAAGGAGUUGUAACAGGGGGGGAACUAGCUCAAAAGAAUCCUAAAACUGUGUACCACACAAACUUGGCCCAACUAAGUCCACCGGGACCGUUCUCCAUCUCAUUCCAGUUGCCUGGUCCUGUUGAUCCGAGGUUAUUCUCACCCACUUUCAGGUCAGAUGGUAUCCUGGAGGGUGUUGUGAUGAAAUACAGGGCACCUGGUGUACCCCCAUGUGGUAAUCAGUUUGAUCCUGCGUAGCUGAAAAAGUUUAUCCGCAAUUCUGUGAUGUAGCUUCUGAAAUAGAAUGUAAAGGUAUGUGUUCUGUUAGUUUACCAAAUUAGCACAUUGGAAACUAGUCGAUAGGUUAGCUGGAUACUAGGUGGUAGAGUUUCUCAAUGAUGUGACAAACUUGCUGACCUGUCUGGUCUGGUCUGGUCUUGGGGUUUUUGACAUUUGAUUGUAUUGUACACAACUCAUGAGUCAUGAGCCUUGGCUGAAGUUAACUAUUGAUUCUUGGCUAUGGUCUAUGGAUUAAUAUUAGUGAUGUAAUGUGAAAUUGAAUCUCGUUCUCA